AUGGCUGACGUUGAGCAAAUGGAGGGCGAGCCCCAGGGACGUAUUGUCAAGUAUUGUGGCGUUUGCACUCUACCCCCGGAGUACUGCGAGUAUGGCGGAACCGUCAAGAAGUGCCAGGAAUGGCUAGAAAAGAACGAACCAGAGCUUUACAACAGGAUCUGGUCCGCAGAGGCCCUUGAGGCUGCUACCGCAUCACUAUCCGUCGAGGCCCAGAAACGAGCCGCUAAGGACGCACAGAAGAAGACCGCUAAGGCUGAAGCCGCCGAGGCAAAACAUGCCGACCUGUUAGCCAAGAGUGUUGUCACUAUCAAGCGCAUUGAGCGAAACAAGAAGAAGUUUGUCACGGCUGUGAUAGGACUCGAGUCGUUUGACUUGGAACUCAAGAAGGUCGCCAAAGAUCUUGGCAAGAAGUUUGCUACAGGCUCUUCAGUGACCAAGCUCCCAGGUGGCGGAGAAGAAAUCGUCGUGCAGGGUGAUGUCAGCGUUGAAUUGGAAGAGUUCCUGCUUGAGAAGUACAAGCAGAUCCCCGAGGAUCAUAUUGAACUUGUCGAAGACAAGAAGAAGAAGAAGGGUGGUUCAUAA